GUCCCAGCGAGGCAACUCCGCCUCUCAGUCCCCAGCCACAGGGGGAAAGGCGCUAGUACCAGGCAAGUACCCGCUCGGAGAAUCCAGCGCCCGAAUGGCAUUCAGAAACUGAACUCUCACAAAACAUUAUUGGCAAAGGCCACCGACUUCUUUCUCGCCGCUUCCAAAGUUACAGAAAGAAAAUGUGAAGUCGUUGUAUCGUUUUGAGGAAGUACAGAGAGAGAGAGGAGGGUGGGGGCUCAAAUAACGAGGAAAAUACUUCAUCCCAAAUGACUGUCUACUGAAAUAACGUUAAGUUGGAUUCCGCUGGGAGCUUUACUCAGUGCCAUGGCCGUGAGAGGGCAAGAGCAGUGGCCGGUGCCAAUGAGAGCAAUUGGUGCCCAGAACCUGCUCACCAUGCCAGGAGGGAUCACCCAGUCCGGCUACCUUCACAAGAAAGGGGCUUCUCAGUGGAAGAUCAUGAAGUGGCCUCUGCGGUAUGUGAUCAUUCACAAAGGCUGCAUCUACUACUUCAAGUCCAGCACUGCUGCCAUUCCACAAGGUGCCUUCUCCUUGAACGGCUACAACAGGGUUAUGAGGUCAACAGAGGAAACAACAUCAAACAACGUGUUCCCCUUCAAAAUCAUUCACGUGAACAAGAAACACAGAACCUGGUACUUCUCCGCAGCGUGUGAGGAGGAGAGAAAGAAGUGGAUGAAGUGUUUGCGAGAAGAAAUUGACCGGUACCACGAGAAAGUGGAGUCGCUAGGAAAUCUGAGCGACAACAGUGACACAGAGAAUUUUUACGGCGCAGUUGAACGACCUGUCCAAAUAAAGUACAAUUCUCUGGAGUCAGAAGCUGGAGAUUAUGCAGAAGAUGAUGAGGAAGAUGAAGAUGACUACAUGAAACCAGAUGCACCUCAGGACAGCCCAGAGCCAGAAGAUUGCCAACCGGCGUUGAAACUUCAUCCAGUCUCAUCUGAAAUGAGCGGCGUGAAGUCACCACCUCCUCCCCUACCUCCCAGUCCGAGACUGCACUCACAUGGCUUAGCAGCUGGGACAGAGGGUUCACCGGAAGCUUUGCCCUUGCCUUCCCAUGAAAAUAAUGCAUCCCAGAGACGUGUGCCUCCCGCUAUUUCAGCAGGCUGCCCAACACCCCCUCCCAUUCACUCAAAGCCCACCCUGAGUGAACUGGAGCAUCGCAAAAAAACGGUGGAAGUCCCAAAUGCCUGCGUGAAGAGCAGAAGUAACUUUUCAUUGGAUUUGAAUAAGCAGUUGCAACACGUAAUGGGAAAUAGGGAACUGUUGCGCGUUUCAACUCCUCAAUCGCCUUCACACAGAGGACCUACAACAGGACCACCUCCAGUGCCUCUGCAUAAAGGAUCUAUUGGUGGGUCCCCUCUUAUGCCUCCCCACAAAGGAUCAAGUGGUGGACCUCCAGUGCCUUCCCACAAAGGAUCGAGCAGUGGACCUCCAUCGCUUUACCGCAAAGGAUCGAGUGGUGGACCUCCUCCAUUGCCUUCCAUCAAACGAUCUAGUAGUGAAUCUUUUGCAGCGCUUUCCCACAAAGGAUCGUUUGGUGGACCUCCUCCACUCACUUCCAUCAGCAAAUAUAGUGGUGGACCUCCCCCAGUUCCUUCCAUCAAAGGAUCUAAUAGUGGACCUCCUCCAGUUCCUUCCACCAAAGGAUCUAGUGGUGGACCUCCUCCAGUUCCAUCCAUCAAAGGAUCUAGUGGUGGACCUCCUCUAGUUCCAUCCAUCAAAGGAUCUAGUGGUGGACCUCCUCCAGUUCCAUCCAUCAAAGGAUCUAGUGGUGGACCUCCUCCAGUUCCAUCCAUCAAAGGAUCUAGUGGUGGACCUCCUCCAGUGCUUUCCAACAAAGGAUCUAGUCAUUCAGUGCCGAUGAACAAAUCAACAUUGUCACAAAUACCAACUCAAGCUGAAAUGAUUAAACAUAAACUAUAUAAGCCAGACUUGUUACCAAAAGCAGCUACCAAUGUUCCAAAACCACCACCUGUUUCAGCCAAGCCUAAAGCUGUAAAGCACAACACACUUCCCUUACAACGUUCGUCACCCGAUGGACAAAGUUUUCGCUCUGUUCUCCCGGAAAAACCGCUUCCUCGAUCUCGUUCUCAAUCCCAACCUCUGGAGCUGAUUCACCCGUCUGAUGAAGAAGAUGAUGAUGAUAACGAUUACGAGAGCGUACAGCUACCAGACUCUGUGUUUCUGAAUACAACAGAAUCGAAUGAUGUUGAGAGGUUGUUCAUAUCUUCAAGUCCCGGCAACAAACCAGCGAAUGGAUUGUACUGCAUUAGGAAUUCUUCAAAGUCUGGGCAGGUUCUAGUUGUAUGGGAUGAUUCAGAGAAGAAAGUGAGGAACUACAGAAUAUUUGAAAAGGAGUCCAAGUUCUAUUUAGAAAGUGAGAUAAAGUUCAUGUGCCUCCCGAGCAUGGUUGAAUUUUAUUACAACCACACACUGCCAAUCCAUGAAAAACUGUAUCUUAAGGCACCCUACGGACCCAGAAACCCACCCUGAUACCAUCAGCUUGCUUUCUCCACAACCGACUCGUUUUUAUGACUUGAAACAAAGUGAAAUAGGAUAAUUUAAAAGCUGCACAUCUGGAGUUUGGAGACUCUUGCACAUCUACAAGAAGGGAGAUAGAACAGAUUGGUGGUACGCCCUCAUUCCUGAAGAGCUAUGUAUCUCAAUUCAUUAUCGACAUGCUUGGAGAGACCCUGGCAGUGGAGUCUGCCGAGCCACCGCUGCUUGCCCACCGAAGACCAGAGACAGGGAGGAAGGUGCCAGCCACGAUGAUGGACGUGAUGGGAGAGGAGUGAGGCUGGUAGGAGAGGGAACUGGGACCAGGGUCUGGCCUACUACGUCUUCAAGGUCAGCUGCGGGAGGCGGCCCCGGAGCACAAAAGUGGACGGGCAAGGAGAGGACGUCAGCUGCUGGUCAGUUGAGGAAGGUAACAGCUGGAGGCUUGAAUCAGCAUGGAGUUUGCCUGAAUCGGGCACCGCUCAUAAGAACUGGAGCGUGGACUAGACUUGGAAAAUGGUGCUAACACAUGGCGACUCUUGCAUGCGUUAUCAGUCGGCCAUUUCUAUACAAUUGCUAAUCGAGGAUGUGCUUAGGUAUGUCAAUAUUCUACUGGACUAUUUGUAAGAAAAUAAUUUCACCGUGAGAUUGCACGUCGUACAAGUGAUAAUAACCGUUGAACCAUUGAACCAGUUGAACCAUUGAAGAGGAAACAGCUGUCAAACCAAACUCCUAUUGUUUCUUCCCCCUUCUUCUCCGCUCCCUGACAACACAACCAAGAUAGCUGUGAGAGAGAUUGAGUCAAACAUCCACCUUAGAAUAACAAAUAAUAUUGAACUUUGUCUACAUUACAUUAAUUUAAGAGAAUUAUAUCGUGGAGGGAUAACAUCGAAAUAUACAUAUUGUUAAUUAUUUAGAAAUUGUAAAUAGAUGUUUUUUUUAAUGGAAAUAAACUAUUUUUGACAUGC